UAGUCCUUUUCAUUCCCAUCCUUCACUCACACACAUACACAUAUAUAUAACCUCCCUCACAUCAUAGCUUCUUAGGCAUCAUGGAGAUUCAAAUAGGUCAGGCUCUACAAACUCAUAGCUCCAUUAAAGGAUUUGAUCCUCACAAUUAUAAACACGGUGAAUGUUCUGAAAACAAGAAGUAUGUCGAAAAUAAGCGUAGCUUCGAAGAGUCGUUAGGACAUUUUUUUAAACCUUUGCCUAUGUUAGUAUGGAAUGGUCGACAACCAAAUGAGGAAGAUGACCACGUUAAAAAGAUGAAUCGAAAUGUUCACGCAACAAACAAUGAAGGAGAAAAUCAUUUGGUUGGGUGGCCACCAAUUAAAUCAUGGAGGAAGAAGGAACUUCAUCAGCAACAUCCUAACCAAAUAAGGAUUGAUCAUAGAAUGCAAGGUAAUGAAAAUCAAAGAAGAUGGAGCAAACUACACACUCACAUUUCAGAAUAAACAAGGGGAUUAGAAAAUGAAACUAUAUGACAAAGAUCAUAAUUUGUACUUUCAUGUUGUUUGUGCUUGGUUAGUAAAAAGUAUUCUUUGCUUGA